AUGGGUCUGAUGAGUGCCCUGUCUGUCGGCUCCGAAAUGCAGACUCCAGCCCCCGGCCCACAGUUUACAGUGGGGCCGCCGGGGAAGGUGCCCGGCAGGAAGAGAGGACGCCCCCCCAUUCGUAAGCUGGAGUUCCAGAGUCACUAUGUCGAGCCUCUGUCGCAACUCAAAGUCCCGAAGAAGAGAGGCAGGAAACCUGGCUUCAAGCUGAAGCCUAGGAUGUUGAUGUCCUUGGCCAACUCUUCUCCGAACAGCACACCAGAACCCGAGAUGGGCUCAGUCCCACAGGAUGCUGCCAUCGUCCCCCACUCUACCACACCACAGGUCCUAACAGCAGAGACACCAAUGCCUGAUGACUUCUUGUGCGACCAACCAGUGGACUCCAAGCGCUACGCCAUCGAUCCCAGUGACUCGGCUUUCAAUGUCAUGACGUCGCAGUACCAAACAAAGCACUCGUAUGGUUACCGUGGCAGCAGUUGCUCUACCCCGAUGGCUUUGUGCAGACAGGCGUCAAGCCCAGCAAGCUUCCAGGAGGCAAACAGAAAUGGUUGCAGCUCAAUGCCGGACUCUGGAGAGUGCAAACGUCCUGCUGGUAAGGACCCAUCGAGCUGGAGUGUGGAGGAGGUGGUUUGGUUUAUCAAAGACGCCGACCCGCAAGCCCUGGGACCUCACGCCGAUGCCUUCAGGAAGCAUGAGAUAGACGGAGACGCUCUGCUCCUGCUGAAAAGCGAGAUGAUGAUGAAGUACCUGGGACUGAAGCUUGGCCCCGCGGUCAAACUCUGCUACCACAUCGACAGGCUCAAACAGAAUCGGUUGUGACUUUCUGCAAAAGGGCCAAACACCUUAGCAGAUUUCACUAAAACUGAACCAGUACUUAAUCUCUCAGACUUUCUCAACCAUCAGCAUCAGCUCAUGAACGCCUUCGGCCUGGGAUUGCAUACUUGACGGCUUUUACUGCAUCUGCACCACAUUUAGUUGACAAACUGGACACAUUAACUGUAAAUAAUAAGACAAUUUACAGCUGAAGCUUUUAAGAGUUUUUUUUAACCUUUGUUUACUGGUUAUCUGAGUGGUUUUACAUUGUAAAUAGUUUGGCUCCACGCAGAUGGCAGCUAUUGUUUUAUUCAAAUGUGACUCUGUGUGAAUGUGAAUCAUGGACACUGCAGCUACACAUCUGGAGACCAACACAGACGUCGUUCAGACCUGGUGUUAACUUCCAUCCUGAGUGAUCUGAUCACAAGCAUUCAUCGCUAACUACAGACCUGAAAACAUCCAAAUGCAUCCUAAACGUGUCCUGAGGACCAAACACUCAGACCCCAUUUGGAGGAGGUCUGUGAGGCAUGUGGCAACUUGAGAAAAAAAUAUUUGUACGCAUGUCCGAGCUCACAAGUGACGGACGUGAUUAGGAGGCACAUUCAGGACCCAUGUCAUCCAGUCACCGAUGUGACUAGAUCUCUCAGGACGGAUGUUAGUACCAGAUCUUAAAAAAGGUGGUGCUUCUUUACCUCAGUAGCAUGUUGUAACUUCAAAGACGUCUUGCUGCUGCUAAUCUAUUUUGUUCUAUAUUGAUGACGAUGGUUAUGCAGGUAACUCUCAAACUAGUUAUUAAGUUGAUGAGCAGUUAGUAAAAGCUGCUGUCUUCAGAAAUCAAAAAGAAAGCUGCACAAUGCCAAACCUGUAUCAGCUGGUAAAAUAGAAGUCCUUGGAUCCAUUCUCUGUUUUAUCCUGAUAACAAAUAACAUAAGACUCCAGAAAGAAACAACGUAUCUCAUCUCCUAGAAAAGUGAAUCAAAGUGAUUGGGACAAACCACAGCCGAGUGCCAAGUGAAUAAACAGUGAAGCCAUGAGGUAUUUCACUAUGCUGGUGAGCUGCUUAGGAUCAGUCUGUUUAUGAACAUGACAGGAAGAAAAGAAGAUGGACUUUCACCAUGUUAGAUUAGAUUUCUUUAUUUAUCCACACAACGGGGAAAUUCACUUGUUACAGCAAAAAAGAGAAAAACAGAAUUUAAAUAACAGUGCCGAAGCAACAAUAAAAAAGAAAGAUCAAAAUAUUCACAUAUAUUGCAAAUCGUGUUACACUCGCUGGUUUCAAUAUUGAGUAACAACCUUGCAACUGUGUCAGAAGGCUGCAAAGUGAUGUGAGCCAUAGCAACUGGUAGCAAACCCAUAGAAGUUGAUGCUCAAUGAAACCACUACUGCCACAACACUGAAUCACUCUUCUCAUACACUGUCUACAUGUGACUUCCUGAUGAGGCCAGUUUAUAUUCCUCUCAUGCAACUUCUCUCCAGUUUUGUUUUGCAUUAAUUCACCUUAACACUGUAAAAUGUGUGAGGUAAAACAUCCUUAGCAUUAAGAGUAACAGCAUUAAUAAUAUUAGAAGCCAUCAAACACAGUUUUGUCUUUUA